AUGGAAUGGGAUCCUGUGACGGUGGCUGCGCGACAAGUUCUACACCAGCCCUCCGCUGCUUGCCUGCGUCGGCUGGCAGCAGAGAUGACCAGCUUCAAGGAUGACCCACUCCCGGGUGUGACAGUCUGCCCAGAUGAGAAUUAUGCAACAUUGCUUCACGCUUUGGUGAAGGGCCCAGCAGGCACGCCUUACGAAGGCGGGCUCUUCCAUUUCGUGCUGUACGCGAAAGGCAACUACCCACACGAGCCACCCUUGGCCCGGUUGAUGACCACGGGCAACGGGAGCGUCCGUUUCAACCCGCAGUUCUACACCUCCGGGAAGGUGUGCCUCUCCAUCCUGCAUACUUGGCCGGGCCCAGGCUGGAAUCCAUCCUUCAACAUGAGGGUGGUCUUGCUUCAGUUGCAGGCUCUCAUGAACGAGAGGCCGGCACUGAACGAGCCUGGUGUGAUGAUCAUGAGCAAUCCCGAAGACUACAAUGCUUAUUUGAGGCAUGAGACCUUGAGAGUGGCUGUUUUGGGCCUACUGGAACAGUGCUUCCGUUGCUUGAAUGAUGGCGUCACAACCGUCACAACCCAAACAAGCCAAACCCAGGACGAGGCACAGACUUUGCAGGCUCCGAAUCCACCGAGUGGCUUCUGCAUGCCUCGCGAGCUAGCAGAGGCGGCGCUUGCUGGCCUGAUGCAAGAGGCCGGACAGCUCGAGGCACGAUGCCGCGAGCUGGCAGCUUCCACGCCAGAUGGCUUCAUGCUUCCUGGAGUGCCGCGGGCUGUGCGCGCCGAAUAUUCGAACAUGGCAUCUCAGCUCCGAGUACUGCGGCAGCCGCGCAACCCAGACCUUCCAUCUGCGAUGCGAUCACCGGAGGAGGAAGGACAAGAGAGACAAGAGGAGAAGGCAGAGGAGGCAGUGGCAGCCCAAAGUGUGCCGGACAACGCAGAGCAGAUGGAGCCGCCAGAGUGCCGCAUCUGCGGUGGCGGGGUUGAGGAUGGGGAGCUGCUUCAGCCUUGUGGUUGUACAGGAAGCAUGGCGCACGUGCAUCGUGCUUGUGCAGCAGAAUGGAUCCGCCGGAACCAAUCUCCUACAUGCCCCAUAUGUGGGCAGGCGUACAAGGACAGAAUGCUCCGCACCCUUGGGAUGCUGGGCCGUUAUCGCCGGAGAUGUCUGGAGCUUGGAAGGCUGGCCAGCUGCUGCCUCGUUGCAGUUGCCUGCCUGAUCUUCCAAAUGGCCUCGAGCUCUGGGUUGAUGCCUGUGGAGAUCGCUCCCUGGGAGCUGGGACGCUGGAGAGUGGAGCCAGCGCCGCUUGACACGGAGGCAGAGCAGAGGGCCAAGGAGAGGGCCAAGGCGGAUGGGCGACCAGGCGGCGCUCUUUCCGGGUCAACCCGAGCGGCAAGCCCUUGGGAUCUGCCGGCUCCGAGCGAGCCUCUCUCCGAGGAGGCUGCCCGAUUCAUCCCGGAUGAUGGCAACGUGCCCGACCUUCAGUUGGCCCCGCCGUAUCGGCUAAGUGGGAACUGGCUGCGGCCGGCGCUGGAUGCUCGCGAUCGCUGGAGGGAGCCUUUGGUUCAGGAACUUGUGUUUCAUCCGCUCACGCCUUGGAGCACGAGAACAAUCCCUGUGCCAGUGCGGUUCGAGGCCUUAGCUCGUCAGCUACAGCAGCGCCGGUUUUUCCACAAAAGGCCGGCCCGAUUGCGAAGCGUCUUGAGACGUUGGCAGCAGCAGACGGCCGCCGAGCAGGUGCGAAGGCAGUCGAAGAAGGAGGAGGAGGAACCCCUCUACCUGGGGCGAGGUCGCGGGUACAUCGGUCCUGCUGCGACACUUCGCUGCUGGCUCCGGGAUGCAGUGGAGCCUGCUCCAGCAGUCACUGUCCAACUCAGGCCCCCGCUCUCCUCUGCCGUGGCAGCCUCGCUGGUGCUGUUCGCCUGGCAGGCAGUGGGCUCCAGGUCUUUCUUCUGGAUGCUCAUGUGCUGCCACCUGGGUUCUAGGUGGUUUCCAUUCCCGCUCGUGGCAGCCACUGCAGUCGCUGCAAACCUUAUACGGUACCAGGUCAAGCGGCGACUGGCUCGGCUGAACAUGAUGCGCAUCAGGUCUCAGUUGGAGUCUGACACGUUGAUCCUCCUGCUCCUCUUCUUCGGAGCUUCGUGCGCAGGCGAAGGCCAAGGAGGACUUGGGGGCGUGUUGCGAUUGGCGCACCAGCGGAGCAAGGGGUUACCGACCCCUGCCGAGUUGCAGGAUCGGCCUCUCUCUCCUUCCGCUGUGUGCAUGUCGUGGAUACUGUUGGUGCUGGUGUCGCUUGUGGCCAUGACUACCGUGGCCCGACGACCCGUGCCGCCCGAAGGUCCCCACCUCAGGAGCAAUUGA